AGGGGGUGGGCAAGACCUCGCUGGUGCGGGCCUUUCUCGGGCAGAACACGAAAUCCAGGAAUGAAAGCGUGUUGCCCCCGGUGGUGCUGCCGGUGGAGCUGAACUCGAACUACCCGGACAUCAACACGGUGAUCAUCGACACCAGCAGCGAGGACAGCUCGCCGUCCUUCCGCAGGGAGAUCCAGGAGGCCUCCGUGGUGCUGCUGGUCUACGACAUAUGGCGGGAGGAGACCAUCGACAUCCUCAAUGACAAGUGGAUGCCCAUCAUCUCGAGCGUCAACCGCGAGGUGCCGAUCAUCCUGGUCGCCAACAAAAAAGACACCGAGGAGUACCUGGAGCACUCCAACCGCGUGCAGCCCGUCAUGCGCUUGAUGGUCCGCAAGUGGCGCCAGGUCCAGAUGGGGCUCGAAUGCUCGGUCCACAAAAACCUGCAUAUCAGUUCGAUCCUCUACUGCGCCCAGAAGGUGGUCCUCUACCCCAUGGGGGUGCUUUACGACCUGUCCACCCACGAAAUCACGCAGGACUUCAGGCGCGCCCUGCACCGCAUCUUCGCGAUCUGCGACGUGGAUGCGGACGGGUGGCUGUCCGACGAGGAGCUGGUCCGCUUCCAGGAGCAGGUGUUUGAAGGCGAGCUGGGCAAGGACGACAUCCGCACCAUCAAGGAGCUGAUCCGCCAGGAACUCGCUCUGGACAGGGUCGACCAGAUCUCUUUCGAGGGGUUCGUGGCCCUGCAGAAGAAAUGCAUCGAGCUGCUGAAGAUCCAGACCUGCUGGACAGUGCUGCGGCAUUUCGGGUACGACGACAGCCUCAGGCUCAAGGAAGACGGCGUGAAGGAGGACCUGCCCAACACAGCCAGCGGCGAGUCCAUCGAGCUGUCGCCCGAGUCCCUCAGGUUCCUAAGCAAAGAGUUUUUCCGGCACGCUAGCCACAGCAGCCUACCACUUGACCGGCUUCCUCAAGUCUUCUUCGCCCAGAACGCAGAGGUCUUCCCUGAGCCACGCAAGCACAUCUACAUGAAGAACCAGGACAGCCUGGAGCUCGAGGAAUGGCUGAUGCUGUGGCACCUGCUGUGGUUCGAGGAUGUCAUGUGGGGGUUCAAGGUGAUGAGAUACUUGGGGUUUGUGGGCAGCUUGGCGGAUGCAUGUCAGCUGACCAACCCGAAGGGCAGCUACCGCGGGCUGCAGCGCACCACUCGAAGGACGGUUAUUUCGGUGGCCAUUCUCGGCCACCGACAGUCCGAGUUCACGGAGGUGGUCAACUCGUUGGGGAUCGGGCUGGGCACGUACCGGCGGAAGGUCAUCCUCAAGAACUCAGGGGGGUUCGGCUGCCGGCUGUUCAUCCUCAAGGAGGUGCCGGAGGACGAAUGGCUGAACUUCUUUCACGGGCAGCAUCUCAAGUUCGACCUGCUGGUGUACACGGCCAACCGAGAGUAG